AAAAUACAGCAAUCAGUUUCCCACUCCGAUAAGGAAAAGGAAAACAAUUAACUUCGAGGAAUAAAAGUCCCAACAUUCCAUUUUCAUCUUAUAAAAUUUCCUCGACCGUCCGAUCAAAUCCCAUCAUCUAUAAAAGCGCUUCUCCUUCACUAUCCUUUUCGCUGCCAUCUAACGCAAGCUUAAACAACCAAAACAAAAAACGCAAGCUUUGAAACAAAGCCAGCGCACCCUCCCGACAAGAAAAGAAAGAUCAUGGCGGCAACUGUCUCUUCUCCUUGGGGAAAGCCCGGCGCGUGGGCUCUCGACGCCGAAGAACAUGAGGCUGAACACCAACAACAUAGUGGCGUCGUUUCUUCCACCGAAAAACUCGUGGAUUACCCUACUUUAGCCUCCGCCGCCACCACCAAGGGCAAGAAAAAGAAGGGCCAAGCCCUAUCUCUAGCUGAAUUUAAUACCUACGGCUCUGCUAAGCCGAGUGAGCCAACCCGUCUCACUCACGAGGACCUCCUCGGGCUCCCUACUGGCCCUCGCGAACGCUCCCCUGAGGAACUCGAUCGUAACCGUGUUGGCGGUGGUUUUAAAUCCUAUAGUUCGAACAGAUACAAUGCCAACGUCGAUGAUUCGUCCAGUAAUAGUAGAUGGGGAUCUUCUAGGGUUUCGAAUAGAGAUUCCAAUCGAGAAAUUGCUCCCUCACGCGCUGAUGAGAUCGAUAAUUGGGCCUCGGCUAAGAAAUCGACACCCACUGGGAACGGAUUUGGGGGUGGAUUUGAGAGGAGAGAGAGAGGGGGAGGAUUCUUUGAUUCACAAUCGAAAGCCGAUGGGGUAGAUAACUGGGCAGCUAAUAAGAGUUAUAAAAGCGCCAAUGAGGCACCGCCACGGAGAUUUGGUGGGGGUUUUGAAAGAAGAAGCAGUUUUGAUUCACUUCAAUCGAGGGAUUCGCCGAGGGAUUUGGAUAAUUGGGGAAAGAAAAAGGACGAGAGUGGCAGUGCUUCUGGUAGUGGCGGAGUUAGGCCAAAGCUUGUACUUCAGCCACGUACGGUUCCUGUAAACGAGGAGGGUAAAAAGGAGGCGACUGUUGCCAAGCCCAAAGGGGCAAAUCCUUUUGGCGAGGCGAGGCCGAGAGAGGAGGUGUUGAAGGAAAAGGGGAAAGAUUGGAAAGAGAUUGAUGAGAAGCUGGAAACUCAGAGGAUUAAAGAGACAGUGGCUGUUACAGAGAAAGAGAGAGGAGGAAAGGCAAGUUUCGGGAAUGGACGUGCCCCGGUGGAAAGGAGCUGGAGGAAGAGUGACUCUGUUGAGGCUGCUGCUGAUGCUGAUCAACCCCAAAGUGGUGAGGAAAUGGAGAAUGGCCAUUUUGAAGAGAAUUGAAGAUAGAGAUUUACAAAUUCGAAGCUUAGUUCCACAGAAAGCGAGAAGAAAACUUCUUUUGAACUUUUUGGAUGUCUAAUUUGUUGAGUUGAUGAGACUUGUUUUUCUUUUUUUAUGACCGUUAUUGCUGUCAAGGCAGUAUUUAAACAAUUUUGGUAGGCAUUGAAUUAGUUGCAUUGGCUUGGUCAAACAUGUCUUGUUUGUAGGAGUGUUGUUAAUAGUUGCCCAUGCUAUCAGAGUUAUUAUUUUUUGUUGUUUUCUUUUAUAUUGUGAGCAUGAGUUAAGAUUAUAAUUGUUUUGGUUGGUGACCAAGUAAAUCAAUGUUUUAUUGUUCAUGUAUU